AUGUGGCGUUUUGCAAAUGCUGAUAAAAUAGCAUUUGCGCGAAAAAGCCUUGAACGCUCAAUUAUGGCCCAGAUUUAUCCGUAUGCACUUUAUCCGAACGGCGAUGCCGAUCAUUGCCGAGAUAGUGUUUUUCAUAAAUCGAUACAGAAAUUGGCAGCGGAAAUCAGCCCGGAUCAUCCACUUCUGCGCAUUCCAGCGAGAUUCCGUGGUGAAUGCCCAUGGCCAUCGGCGCAAGCUGAAAUCGCAAUCAUAAAUGCCUACAAAUCACCCCGUGAUAAAAUGGCCUGUAUUGUUCGAUGUUGCGAAACAAUCGAAAAUCUCAUUAUUUUGGCGGCCGAAAGAGGCUCCGCAUCAGCGGACGAUAUCACACCUGUGCUCGUUUAUGUCCUUAUUCAGGCAAAUCCAUUGGUUUUACUAUCGAACGUCCAAUACAUUGCAGCAUUUUAUGCGAAUCAGUUGGAAGGAAUUGAAGCGUACUGGUGGACACAAUUCACUGGUGCAUUGGAAUUUAUCAAAACAUUGUUAAGCCGCACUUCAUGA